CGCGCGGAGCUGGUGGAAACGGGGGCCAGGGGCUGCCGGAGGCUGGCCGGGGCGGCGCGGCUCGGCUCCAUCCCUGUGGCGCCCCAGACAUGACUGUGGAAAAUGUCAAACAUGUGAAAACUGGAGAGAACCGAGUAGCGCACCCCUCACAACCCUCCGUUUCCACAGUAUGCGGGCAGCGUUCACGUUUCCCUAGUCACCAGAUCUUUCUGGGAUCUUGACCUUCACAUUGAGGACCUGGUGGGGUUCCUGGAGGUAAACCCCACACAAGUGCACCUUUCCCCUAAGACUGCAUCCCUGAAGUUUCUAACUCUUGUGGCUCCAGCAGCUUUUGCUCCAGGAAACUGAAAAUGACCCUUCAGCUAUGCUAGGUCUAUAAUGGGAAGCAUCACAGUGCGUUAUUUUUGUUAUGGAUGCCUUUUUACAUCUGCUACUUGGACGGUUUUGCUUUUUGUUUAUUUCAACAUCAGUGAAGUGACUCAGCCACUUAAGAAUGUGCCCAUCAAGGGGUCUGGGCCCCAUGGACCAUUCCCCAAAAAAUUCUACCCCCGUUUUACUCGAGGUCCAAGUAGAGUAUUAGAAUUACAGUUCAAAGCAAACAAAAUUGAUGAUGUGAUAGAUAAUCAUAUCGAAGAUACAGAAAAAGGCAACUUGAAAUUCUCUUCUGAAUUGGGUAUGAUUUUUAAUGAACGUGAUCAGGAGUUGAGAGACUUGGGGUAUCAGAAGCAUGCCUUCAAUAUGCUUAUUAGCAACCGCUUGGGCUCCCAUAGAGAUGUGCCUGAUACAAGGAACGCAGCAUGUAAAGACAAGACGUAUCCGGGGGACCUGCCCGUUGCUAGUGUGGUUAUUUGUUUCUACAACGAAGCCCUGUCUGCUCUGCUCCGCACUGUGCAGAGUGUCCUGGACCGCACGCCAGCCCGGCUUCUCCACGAAAUCAUCCUCGUGGACGAUGACAGUGACUUCGAUGAUUUGAAAGGAGAAUUAGAUGAAUUUGCCCAAAAGCAUCUCCCUGGAAAAAUUAAAGUAAUAAGAAAUACAAAGCGGGAGGGACUGAUUCGAGGAAGAAUGAUUGGAGCAGCCCACGCGACAGGGGAAGUCCUGGUGUUCCUGGACAGCCACUGUGAAGUGAACGUGAUGUGGCUGCAGCCCUUGCUGGCUGCCAUCCAGGAGGACCAGCGGACAGUCGUGUGCCCCGUGAUCGACAUCAUCAGCGCGGACACGCUGGCCUACAGCUCAUCCCCUGUGGUGCGGGGGGGAUUCAACUGGGGGCUGCACUUCAAAUGGGACCUCGUUCCGCUUCCUGAGCUCGGGGGGCCGGAAGGAGCUACUGCACCAAUUAAGUCACCUACAAUGGCUGGAGGAUUGUUCGCCAUGAACAGAAACUAUUUCAAUGAGCUUGGGCAGUAUGACAGUGGCAUGGAUAUCUGGGGAGGAGAAAACUUAGAAAUAUCAUUUCGGAUUUGGAUGUGUGGAGGCAAACUGUUCAUCAUCCCUUGCUCUAGAGUGGGACACAUUUUUCGCAAAAGGCGACCCUAUGGUUCUCCUGAGGGUCAGGACACCAUGACACACAACUCCCUGAGGCUGGCACAUGUUUGGCUGGAUGAAUAUAAGGAGCAGUAUUUUUCUUUACGACCUGACCUAAGGACCAGAAGCUAUGGAAAUAUCAGUGAGCGUGUUGAAUUGAGGAAGAAGUUGGGUUGUAAAUCAUUUAAAUGGUAUUUGGAUAACAUUUACCCAGAGAUGCAGAUAUCUGGGCCCAAUGCCAAACCCCAGCAACCCAUUUUUAUCAACAGAGGGCCAAAACGCCCCAAAGUCCUUCAACGUGGAAGGCUCUGUCACCUUCAGACCGGCAAGUGCCUGGUGGCCCAGGGCCGCCCAAGUCAAAAGGGAGGCCUCGUAGUGCUGAAGGCGUGUGACUACAGCGACCCUACUCAGGUCUGGAUUUAUAAUGAAGAGCAUGAGUUGGUUUUAAGUAAUCUCCUUUGCCUGGAUAUGUCAGAAACUCGCUCAUCAGACCCCCCACGACUCAUGAAGUGCCAUGGAUCGGGCGGGUCCCAGCAGUGGACCUUUGGGAAGAAUAAUCGACUGUACCAAGUGUCAGUGGGACAGUGCCUGAGAGUGGUUGACCCAUUGAGUCACAAAGGCUACGUUGCUAUGGCAAUCUGUGAUGGCUCCUCCUCCCAGCAGUGGCAUUUGGAAGGUUAAGGCGGACACCGUGGCUGGAAUGGUCAUUCAUCAUGCUUGUCCUCCUGUGGAGAUGCUUGAGAAGAUCAGCAGAGGCGAGACAGCAGGUGUACUCAAGUUUGGAGCACCAACUGACCCUCAGGAGGUGAAGAAGUAUGUUUCACCAGGACGUUAAGGUCAUUUCUGAGCUGCUGUUAAGGAAUUUCUUGCUUAUGGUAAGAGACCAGAAUACAGUUUUAAUAUAAAGUGUCAGGAUUAUACAGAAGGAUAAAACCCAGGAAAUUGCUAGGUCUGUUCAAAUUUAUUUAUGCUUUUUAAUCCCCUAAUGGUGUUGGUCUGAUCAGGAACUUGUUAUGAUUUCCUUUCUUAGAAGAUUUCAUAGACAAACAAACUGAUAGAAUCCAGAUUACUUUUAACUUCAGAAGACAUCAUGUAUAAGAUCAUAUUUAAGAGGCAGUUAACUAUUCUAAAUUAUUCGGAUGACUUCUGAUACUAUCUACAUUUAAAAUAAAGGGUCCUUUUAAUUAUUAACCUUUUUUUGUUUUUGGGCCUCAGGUCUGAGCUGUCCUAUGUAUGUGAUACAUGGUAAGAAAGUCACUUGAUUAACCUAUAUACUAGGUAGGAGCCCUAACCAUAGGGAAGUUUCACCGUUUCUUAGCUUGAAUUAUAUGAGUUUGAAGCCGAAGGUAUAUGAAUUUAGAUUCUUGAUAUUAAAGUUUCCCAUGAAACAUCCAGGUAGAGUUGUUAAAUAGAGGUUGAGAUCUCAAAACACAUCUCAGAGAUAUAAAUUUAGGAAACAUCUGUAUAUAGUAAAAGCCUAAAUAUAGAGAGUGAGGGUUUUUUCUACCAGAAUUAUGUCUCAGAGACAGUCUCAUAUUAUUGAGUGCUUUCUCAGUUAUUUUAUCUUGAACUACAGAGCAGUUUAAGCACCAGAUUAGAAACAUGUUGGAGUAUAUCUUAUAUCUAUAUCCUAAAGUUUUAAUCAGUCAUUCAACUUCAAAGAGCAGCUGGCACAUAAUAGAAAACAAAAAGCAGCAAGAUGGUAGAUUUAAAUCCAGUAAAAUCAGUAAUCACAUUAAAUGUAAUUUGAUUAAACCUAAAUGCCCCAGUUAGAAGGCAGAGAUUGUUAGACUGAAUAAAAAUGUUAAGACCCAACUAUAUAUGUUGCCUCACUUUAAAUAUGAAGACACGAGUUAAAAAUAGAUGGGAAAAUAUAUGCCUGUUGAACACUAAUUGAAAGACAUCUGGAGUAGCUAAUAUUAGUCAAAGGCGAUUUCAGAGCAAAAAAUUUACUAGGGGUAAAGAGGGCUGUUUUCAUAACAAUACAGGGGUCAAUUCAUUAAGAGGCAAUAAUCCCUAACACGUAUAUACCUAAUAACUUCAAAACACAUGCCACCAAAACUGUUCUAUCAGAACUGCCAGGAGAGACACUACCUACAAUUACAAUAAAUUUCAGCACACCACUCAAUAAUUGAUAAGUAGACAGAAAAAUCAAAAUCAGUAAGACACAGAAAACUUGAACAAUACUGUCAACCAACUUGAUAUAGUUAACAUUUAUGCAACACUCCACCCAACAAGAACACAGUCAUUCUUUCCAAGUACACAUGAAACAUUUACCAAGAUUGGUUAUGUUCCUGGGUAUUAAACAAGUCUCAAUAAUUUAUACAAAUGCAACUUACGAAAAUUAUACUAGAAAUCAUUAUCAAAAAGAUAACACACUUCCCAAAACCCUGUGAAUCAAAGAAGAAAUCAAAAGGCCAUUUUGAAACACGGCAUAUCAAAAUGGUUAGGAUUCAGCUAACUUGGUCCUUGGGAAAUUUAUUGCACUAAGCACCUGGAUUAGAAAAGGAUUAAAAAUUUGAAAUCACUGACCUAGCUUCCACUUUAAUAGAAAAAGAAAAGAAAGUUGGAAGAGCAAAGAAGCAGAAGAAAUAUUAAAUAUCAGAACGGAAACAAAUGGAAAACAGAGAAAUUUAAUGAAACCAAAAACUGGAUUAAGAAUGUCAAUAAAACUGAUAAAAUCUCUAGUAAAAAAAAAAA